AUGGCUGAGAACCUCAGCCAGAGUCUACAAAGAUGGCAUCUUGAACUAUGUGAUUAUGUUCUGCCUGAUUCGAACGAGUAUCUAGAACUACAAAUUGAGUAUGGCCUUGCUUGUUUGCUGCUAAAGAGACCUUCACCGACAUUCCCGAAUCUUAGCUUUGUAGCAAUUGAAUCAUGUGCAGAUGUUUCGAGGAUGGUGUUGGAAUCAUGGGCUGAGUUUGAGGCCAGAAAUGAAAGGAUCAAGACAUGGUUGACGUUUCACGACAUGCUUUUGACAGGCAUGACGUGGCUGUAUAGUCGCUGGAGAUCUCAAGCGGACGAUCACUCUACGACCGAACAUGUGGCACAGAUAUGCAGCCGAUUGCUAACUUCAGUAUCCCAAGGCGAACAACGAUUAGUCAAGCAUGUUCAUUUCUUCAAUCAGCUCAUAGAUGUGGUACUAGCACACUGCUAUCAGAACGAACGGAUCUAUCGACCCGGACUUGCUGGAGGUGAUGGUCCUGAAGGAGAGCAUGAUCUAAACUUGGCGGAUCUAAAUUUUGAUCAAAUAUUUACGGAGAUGGAUAUAGGGUCGCAGGUUGAUAUUGCGAUAGAUGCGUGGUCGUCGUCGUUAUUUUUUCCUGAAUAG